GUGUGUUCGCAUGCAGCCCACGUCCCUGCCUAUUUUAGGAUAGCCCGCAGGUUGUCGGAGAGUACAGAGCAACGAAAAGAAGAAACGAUGACGAAGGAAGCAGCUCUGUUGGUGCUGGUUGCUAUUGGGGCAGCAGUGGCCUUGCCGAUGCAGUGGCUGGAGCUGGAGCAUGCCAAGACUCUGCACAAGUCCUCUCGUCUCGGCGAAGUCUACAAAUUUUGCAAUAAAUCGCUUGACCCCCUGGUCAUCACUAACCUGACACUGAGCCCUGACCCGCCGCGGGAGGGACCUCUAACCAUCAGCGUCAGCUAUCACUUGUCGGAGAAAGUGACAGGCGGAGUAAUCAAGGUUGAUGUGAAGUUGGACGGCAUCCCGGUGUACAGUAACACCUUGGACUUAUGCCAGACGCUCGUUCAAGCGGGGGUGAAGUGUCCCAUUGGACCAGUGUCUGGAAGAAAAUCUUUUGAUGUCACUCUUCCCGCUAUUGGGGGUCACAUCACUGCUAAUGCAGUUGUGACUGACCAGAAUGGGAAGGAGCUGGCAUGCGUUGAUCUUGAUUUCAAACUCUAAAGCAACAUUUUGUAGUUUGUACGUGUGUCUAUAAUCAUUUUUUUAGCAGUAUGCCAAUACAAAAUUUUGGUCAAAGACACAUGUGCCUGUUGGCAGACUUACAUUUAUUAUACUGAAAAUGAGA